AUGGUCGGUUAUACCACUUUAAAAAUUUUAUACUUUUCUCUUUUGUUUUCCAUUAUUUCAGGUUCUUUUGUUCGGAUGGUUAAACAAAAUCAUCGUCUGGGAUUAAGAUCUGAUGUUUCAUUAGAAUCAUCUAUGGAUAACGUAGAUUUGGAUAUAAGAGUAAUCGAAACCCCUCGUCAAAGCUCUCUUUCAUCUCUAAAUCGUUUCUCUCGUCGAAAAAGUCCAGAAAAACGUUUUGUUUUUGCACAUGUUGUUCAAGGGAAUUCUCAAUUUUACCAAGCUGAUGAUUGGAAAGAAGACAUGGAAUUAGCAAAACAAAGUGGGAUUGAUGCCUUUGCAAUCAAUAUUGGAAGAGAUAUAACCAAUGAAAGACAAAUCCCAUUAGCUUAUGAUGUUGCAGAUCAACUGGAUUUUUCACUCUUUCUUUCAUUCGAUAUGUCUUAUUACGGUCAACCUGGUUCAUCAAAAGAUGUUAUUAAACUUAUUCGGACCUUUGCUCAUCGACAAAGUCAAUUCAAAUAUCAAGGGAAACCAUUGGUGUCUACUUUCUCUGGUGAAGUUCCUGGUACAUAUUUGGAUAAUAACCCUGACUAUAAUGCGGCUUGGGAUGCUUUAAAGAAAAAUUUGGGAUUUUCGAUAUAUUUCUUACCUUGCUGGACAGGUGCCAACCCAUCUAGUGUCCCUACUAUUGAUGGGCUAUUGUCUUGGGAUGCAUGGUCAUCAUAUUCUGAAUCCCCUGAUGAGAGAAAUCGACUUGCUCUUCACAAAUUUGGAAAACAGUAUGCUGCGCCUAUCAGUCCAUUAUUUUUCAAACAUCUUGAACAUGGUGCAGGUGGGAAUUAUGUCUAUAGUAGUGACGACUUCCUUGUGAUUGAAAAAUACAUUCAACUUAUUCAAUCACCUCCUGCUUUUAUUGAAUUGUUGACAUGGAACGAUUAUGGAGAAGCUCAUUACCUUAAAGAUCCACGAAAGAAUGCAAAUCUACCUAAAGGUGUGGUAUCCGCUCACGAUUACGUGAAUGGAUUUUCUCAUGAACCUUUACUCCAUAUGCUUUCUUACUUCAAUUUAUGGUACAAAGAUGGAUCUCGACCGAAACUUGAAAAAUCUAAAUUAUACCUUUGGCAUCGGCCUCAUCCAAAAUCUGUAACAGCAACAGAUGACCCAUUAUCAAUCCCAAAAUCUUCCAAUGAAUCUCAAGAUAAUCUUUACAUUCUUCUAAUGGUCAAAUCAAGAAGUAAUUUAAAUAAAAUGAUAAUCAAUUCCGGUUCCAAAAAAUAUACAAAACAUUUAAAAGAACACCUUUCCAGACAUGAGGAUACGAUUAUUAGAAUCACUUCACCAUUUCAUUGUGGUAAAGAUCAAUCUAUUCAAUUAUUUGAUGAUCAUGAUGAUCAAGAAAUUUUAAACUUUAAAGGUUUGGCAAUCAAUUCAAAACCUGAAAAAUAUAAUUUUAAUUAUUGGUCUGGUAUGACCACUUUUUAA